AUGUUGUUGUUGUUUUUUUCAUCAUCAUCAUCAUCAUCAUCAUCAUCAUCAUCAUCAUCAUCAUCAUCAUCAUCAUCAUCAUCAUCAUCAUCAUCAUCAUCAUCAUCAUCAUCAUCAUCAUCAUCAUCAUCAUCAUCAUCAUCAUCAUCAUCAUCAUCAUCAUCAUCAUCAUCAUCAUCAUCAUCAUCAUCAUCAUCAUCAUCAUCAUCAUCAUCAUCAUCAUCAUCAUCAUCAUCAUCAUCAUCAUCAUCAUCAUCUCCAUCAUCAUUACAAUCAUUGUUGUUGUUGUUGUUUUGGUUGAAAUGUUCUAUUUGGUCAUGA